AAAAAAAAAAAGGAGAUUUUGCUGAAGCCUUUUAAUAAAUAUUAUAAUUUUUGUGGGGAAAUGAAGAAAUAAAAUUAUUGAAUUUCCCUCGCUCAUAUAAAUUAUAAUUUAUUUAAAAACAAAAAUCAUAAAAACUAUUUUCAUUUUAAAACAUUAGUGUUAAAAAAAAGGAAAAGCUCAUACCUAAAUUUCUGUUUUUUUUUUUUCUUUUUUUUUCGUUUUGCUUUUCUAUGAAAAUGAAAAAUAUUUUUUUAAAUGGACCAAGUUUUAAUUUGUGAAUUUUUUUUUCUUUUUUUUAAUUAAGACUUUGAAAACAUUCCUAAUAAACAUUUUUCUCUUUUUUUUUUUAUUUGUUAUUUAUAUAAUCAAAAUUAAAAAGUUGUUUUUUAAAAAUUUUGGAAAAUAUUGAAAAUUUGAUUUAAGUGCGAAAUACAAGUGGAGAAAAAAAAGUGUAAACCUCGUGUUGUAGCCGUUUUGAAAAAAAAUCUUAAAAGAAAACUUUUUUAUAAUUUCGAUCCCAAAAUUUAAAGAAAACAAAAUUUAAAUAAAAAUAAUUAUUUAUAAUAAAUAAAAAAAAAUAUCCAGUUUAUAAUUUGUAUACAAUUAAGAAAGAAAGCAAAAAUUAGAAAUUCUAAACUAUUUUAGCUAUUUUUUUUCUAGUGUUAAGUAAAUAAAAAUUUUGUUUAAACAAAAUUCGAUAGUGAAAAAAAAACAAAAAUCGAUAGUGAAAUCUCAAAAAAAGUGAAAAAAUACAAACAAAAAUUGUUCUUUUUUAAUUUUCUUUUAUUGUUUUUUUUUUUUUUUUUAAAGAAUACAUGGAAAAAAUCCUUAAAAAUUAAGUAAAACAAAAAACAAUAAAAUUUUAAAAAAAGAUAAUAAAAAUCUUUUUUUAAAAAAGAAAAAACAAACUCUAUAAAAAAAAGAACAUAGGACACUGCUUGAAUGGAUCCAUUUGUGGGUUGGUUUCAAGAAGAACAGGAAGGACCAGCACUUAGAACUUGGUUUGCUAUUUGGGAAACAAAUUCAGCUGAAAUGCAAGCACAACUUGAACAACAACAAUUAUUACAACAAAAAAAUUUUAAUAAUAAUAUUAAUACAACACAAUUAGCAUUACAAUCAUCAACUGUAUCAUCAACAUUAUCAUCAACAACUGGCUCAUCAAUAAUAACAACAACAUCACCAAUUGUUACCGGUGUUACAACAACACUUAAUAAUACUAUUGUUGGUGGUGUUAAUACAAUAUCAACAAAUGGUACAACAACAAUUAUUGGUAUACAAUUUCGUGAAAGCAAUAACUAUAAUAAUAACAAUAAUAAUAAUACAAAUAAUAAUAAUAGUCGUGAUACGACUGCAUUUCAAAUAUUACAACAAUUUGGUAAUGAUGAAAGAACAGCACCAACACAAGCUGAUCGUGAAAAAAUUGUAGCACAUGAACGUAAUUAUUAUAAUCCAUCAAGAAGGAAAGCUGGUAGCACAACAGUUGAUAAUAAAGCUAGUACAUAUAAUAUGAAUAAAUAUUCAGAUAAAUUAAUUGGAAAAUAUAAGGGUUGCCCAUGGCGCCCAAUCGGAUGUAUAUAUGAAAAAGGCGUUGUCGGAUUGCAUACAGAAAUUGAACAAUUUUACCAUUAUAGUUUACCAACACCAGCUGAACAUGCAUUACGAAAUGAUGUUGUAUUACGUAUAGAAGCUGUUGUAUUAUCGUUAUGGCCAAAUGCACGCGUUGAAAUAUUUGGUUCAUUUCGUACUGGUUUAUUUUUACCUACAUCUGAUAUUGAUUUAGUUGUUAUAGGAUUAUGGGAUAAAUUACCAUUACGUACUUUAGAGACUGAAUUAAUAGCACGUGGUAUUGCUGAACCAACAUCAGUACGUGUAUUAGAUAAAGCAUCAGUUCCUAUAAUUAAAUUGACAGAUCGUGAAAGUCAAGUUAAAGUUGAUAUAUCAUUUAAUAUGGAAUCUGGUGUACAGUCAGCUGAAUUAAUAAAAGAGUUGAAACAACGUUACCCAGUUUUAUCAAAAUUAGUUCUAGUCCUUAAGCAAUUUUUAUUACAACGUGAUCUCAACGAAGUUUUUACAGGUGGCAUUUCUUCAUAUUCCCUUAUCCUAAUGUGCAUUAGUUUUCUUCAAUUACAUCCCCGUCAGUUAGAUCGUGAACCAGCUAAUUUAGGUGUAUUAUUAUUGGAAUUUUUUGAAUUAUAUGGUCGUAAAUUUAAUUAUAUGAAAACUGGUAUUAGUAUAAAAAAUGGCGGACGUUAUAUACCAAAAGAAGAAUUACAACGUGAAAUGAUUGAUGGUCAUCGUCCAUCAUUAUUAUGUAUUGAAGAUCCAUUGACACCGGGCAAUGAUAUUGGUCGAUCGUCUUACGGUGCAUUACAAGUAAAACAAGCAUUUGAAUAUGCUUAUGUAACAUUAUCACAGGCUGUGUUAUCUCCAAUUAAAGAUUUUGCAAGUGAUUGUCAAGAGCGUUCAAUAUUAGGUCGUAUUAUACGUGUAACAGACGAUGUUAUUGAAUAUCGUAAGUGGGUAAAAGAGAAUUUUGAACCACGAUAUAUAAUACAUCCUUCACAAAUGACACCUUUAGCAACAUUAUUAAGUACAAAUGGUGCUGUUGCUACAACUGGUGGUCAUUUUGUGAGUGGUGGUGAUCGUGGUGGAGGAGGGGGAAUCGGAGGUGGUGGUGGGGGAGGUGGAGUUGGGCAUCAUCAAACAAAUUUAAUACAUAGUAAUAAUAAUAUGAGUAUGGAUAAUUUUCGACGGCGUGGUAGCACGUCUAGUUUAGAAGCAAGUGAAGAAAGUACUGAUAGUGACAUUGAUUCAAACAAUGCGUCUCGAGAUAUUUCACCAGCUGGAGUUACAAGGGUUGGAAAUGUUGGUAAUUCUGUUGGAACUGGAAUUGUUAAUAUUGGAAAUGUUGGAACUGGUGCUGCCACAGUUUUAAAUGCAGCAAUCAAUGGACCUAAUUUAAGACUGCAUCCUUUAGGAAUUGGUAAUGCUAAUUCUGUAGGGUUACAGCAACAUCAAAUGCAACAGCAACAGCAGCAACAACAACAACAACAGCAACAACAACAAUCUGAUAAUAUUAUUUACAUUACAGGUACUGCUGUUGGAGGACGAUCAGCAAAUCUUUCUGAUCGUCAUAAUAGUGAGGACAGCCAUAAUAGAUCGAAUAAUGAAGAUCGAAAAAGUUAUCGGCAAAGAAUUGCUGCUACAGCUGAACCAAUUGCUGUUAUUGAUUUAACAAAUUCACCCCCAGAUAAUAUAACGCCACCAUCAUUAUAUAAACGACAUUAUAAUAGAAACUCACCGCCAAAUAAUAAUGGAAAUAAAAAUUCCCACCAGCAAAGAUCAGCUGCCUCACAAACUACUGCACCAUCAGCGAUGACAAGUAGCAGUUCAUCAACAUCAUCACUUACAACGGGUGGUAAUAAUGGUGGUGGCAAUGGAAAUGGCCGAUCAAACAAAGCAAGCCGUCGUAAUAGUAGUGGUACAAAUUCUAGUUUAAAUUCAGAUAAUAUGCCUAAAUAUUAUGUUGCACCUGGUAGUAAUAUUAAUAUAAAUAAUCCUCCAUCGCAACAACAACAAAAUAAUAUUGUUAGUGGUAAUAAUAGCGGUAGUAAUAAUUCAUCAAUAUCAAAUUCUUUACAACAACAACAGCAACAGCAACAACAACAUCAACAAUCACAUCAACAACAACAAAAGAAAUCAAAUUCAACGAAACGUAAAAAAGCAGUUGCUAUGCAAACAGAAAAAAAAAUCAAUACCAAUAAUCAACAGCAUCAAGGAAAUUCAUCAUCUAACAAUACAAUGAAUAUUAGCGGUAGCAGUAAUAGCAGCAGCACGAGUAGCAAUUGUAGUAAUAACAGUAGUAAUAAUAAUAGUAGUAAUAAUCAAAUUAAUAAAGAUGGUAUACAAAAUCGAUGAUAUCAAUGAAAUAUCAUUGAUGAAAUUUAUAGACAUUUAGGUUAGGUAAAAAGAUUAACGCAACCAUAUUUUUUUUCUAUUUGUAAAGAACUGUUAUUAUAUAGUAAGCAAAAAAAAUUAAUUAAAAAAAAUCUUUAUUAAUUUAACAAAGUCAAACAAAUUCUGAAAAUUAUAAAUAAACUUACAAAAAUAAAAAAAAAAAAACAAAAAACAAAAAUCACAAAAAAAAGAAAAAAAAUGAAAAUCUAUGAAAAAAAUCAAAUAAAUAAAAAAUAAAUUCAAAAAAAUAAUGUAAAAUAGAUAAAAAUAGCAAAAAAAAGUUAUUAAAUUAAAUAAAAAAGAAAUCAUUGGAAAUGAGAUUAGGAAUGAAAGGAAAUUCUACUUUAAGGUUAGUUUUCUACCAUAUUUUUUGAAAUAAUGAUUUUUGAAAUUCACAAGUUUAUAAAUCAUGUUUACUAUUUAUUAUAAGAGGUAAGAGCAUUUUGACUUAUAAGUCAAACCUACUAAAUUAUAAAUUACUUAUAAAUUUAUAUAUCGUUAAGAUUAUGUUAAAUGAAUACUUUUGAUACUAUCAGUAUCAAUGGCUCUUAAAAGACCAAUAGAGUAUUGUAAUUGUUUAAAACAAACAGGUCUGUGUCAUAUCCCUUUGAACGAAAGAAAUACAUAUUUGGAAAUGAAAAAUAAUAUAAAUCUUUGAAAUUUUUGAAAUGCAUAUUCCAACAAAUUAUACUCUAAAAUUCUCCUUUAUUAUGUAUGUAAAAUAAAAGACAAAAAAGUUCUAAAAUUUUAAUUUUUUUUUUUCAACAAUUUAUUUAAGAAUUGCUCAGUAAAUUGUUUACCAAAAAUUUACUUUAAAUUAAAUGAUUGAACAAUAAUUUAUAUUCAAUAAUUAUUAAUUUUUUAUAGCCAUAAUUUAAA